GGGGGGCCAGGGAGACACACAGGGGAAAGAGAGGAAAACCCUGCCAACAGCUCUCACAGACCAGCCCAGCUCCAAAAAAACGGGAUCAGCCUCUCCUGGACCGCGUUCAAGCCACCCUCCAGGAGUGCAGCACUGCAAGUACAGCUCUAGGCACUCAGGCUGCCUUACUGCCUUGUACUUUGACUUCAUCACCUUGCCCUCUGCCAAGACGUUAUUAUUUCUUCCGGCUCUGCUCUUCGUUUCUUACACGUAUUUCUAUAUAAAAAGCAUCAUCCUAUGAACAAACAGAACACACAGCAGCCCACAUAAGACUUGCAUUCCCUCCUGGGAGAGUCAGAUCUUCUAAUAAAGCCCCAGCCCCUGCCAGAGACUCAGUCACUGUCACCUAAGAAAUGUGAAGCCACCGCGCCUGUGCUGGAUCCCUAUAAGUUAAUGCAGUACAGUGCAAUGGAUGAGUUCCAUCCAUUCAUUGAGGCUCUUCUUCCACAUGUCCGUGCAAUUGCCUAUACAUGGUUCAAUCUCCAAGCCCGUAAGCGCAAGUACUUCAAAAAACACGAAAAGCGAAUGUCGAAAGAUGAGGAGAGAGCAGUCAAGGAUGAGUUGUUGAGCGAAAAGCCAGAAAUCAAGCAGAAAUGGGCGUCCAGGCUUCUAGCCAAGCUGCGCAAAGAUAUCCGCCAGGAGUACCGGGAGGAUUUUGUGCUCACCGUGACAGGGAAGAAGCACCCCUGCUGUGUGCUAUCAAACCCAGAUCAGAAGGGCAAGAUCCGGAGGAUUGAUUGCCUGCGGCAGGCCGACAAGGUCUGGCGUCUGGAUCUGGUCAUGGUCAUCCUCUUCAAAGGCAUCCCCCUGGAAAGUACGGAUGGAGAAAGGCUAGUCAAAUCACCACACUGCACCAACCCAGCACUUUGCGUCCAGCCACACCAUAUAACUGUAUCGGUCAAGGAGCUUGACUUGUUCUUGGCGUAUUACGUACAGGACCAAGAUCCUGGACAAUCAGGAAGCCCAAGCCACAAUGAUCCUGCCAAGAAUCCACCAGGAUACCUUGAAGACAGUUUUGUAAAGUCUGGAGUUUUCAAUGUUUCAGAGCUAGUGCGGGUGUCUAGAACACCCAUAACACAAGGCUCUGGCGUCAGUUUCCCCAUGGGAGAGCCACUAAGCCAGCCAUACUAUCAUGAUAUGAACUCAGCGGUCACCUUACAGAGGUCCUUAUCCUCUCCACCAAGCAGUAAAAGACCCAAGACAAUCUCCAUAGAUGAGAAUAUGGAGCCAAGUCCAACUGGAGACUUCUACCCUUCUCCAAAUUCACCAGCAGCUGGGAGUCGGUCAUGGCAUGAUAGAGACCAAGCGUUUACAGGCCAGUCAACCAGAAACAAGCAGUGGAAAAUGGAGGAAGUCGGGGCUUCUGACUGUUGUUGGCUUAAGAUGAAAAUGGAAGAUAUGUCCUCCCCAACAAUGAAGAAGCCUGAAAAGCCAUUGUUUAGUCCAACAUCUCCACAGGAUUCUUCGAGACUCAGCACUUUUCCCCAGCAUCAUCAUCCGGGGAUUCCAGGAGUAGGACAUAGUGUCAUCUCAACCAGGACUUCACCUUCCCCUCUACCGUUUUCAACCCAAGCUAUUCUUCCUCCGGCCCCUAGCUCCUACUUUUCUCAUCCAACAAUUCGAUAUCCUCCACACCUGAACCCUCAGGAUGCCCUGAAGAACUAUGUUCCUUCUUAUGACCCGUCCAGCCCGCAAACAAGCCAGCCUAACAGCAGUGGGCAAGUUGUAGGAAAGGUGCCUGGCCACUUCACUCCUGUGUUGGCGCCAUCACCUCAUCACGGUGCAGUGAGACCUGUGACACUAACCAUGACUGACACAAAGCCCAUCACUACAUCCACUGAAGCCUACACAGCCUCUGGCACAUCACAAGCCAACCGAUAUGUGGGACUAAGCCCUAGAGAUCCAGCCUUCCUACACCAGCAACAGCUGAGGAUUUGUGACUGGACCAUGAAUCAAAACGGCAGGCAUUUAUACCCCAGUGCCAGUGAGGAUACAUUGGGAAUAACUUGGCAAAGUCCUGGUACCUGGGCUAGUUUGGUUCCUUUCCAAGUAUCAAACAGGACAUCAAUCCUGCCAAGCAAUGUCCAAAACUAUGGACUAAACAUAAUUGGAGAACCUUUUCUUCAAGCAGAGACAAGCAAUUGAAAUAAGUGAAACGGAUAGUAGGAAGAAAGGACAAGAGGAAAAGAAAAAAAAAAACACGAAAGAGAAGAUAUACUGACCAGCAUUUGCAGCACUUACAAUCACUGAUUCCUUUAACCUUUUUAGUACUUACAGGACCUGUGAAGCAAUGCAAGAUAUUACUUUUCAGGACUUCGAAGCACAUAAGGGGUUAAGGCGGAAACAGUCGUGACACUGAAAGGGUGGCUAAUAUAUUUCACGGAUGGUAGAAUGCAACUAGCCUUUGUUAUCUGAUGUCCGCUGGGAAAUAGGCACUCUUUCUCCACGACAAUAUAUUUUAUAAUGACUUUUCUAGAUGCCUUAAUAAUUGCAUGAUAAGCUAGUCCUGUUUGGUUUUAGUCUUCUUGUUGUUUACGCAUGGGAACACUACUCCCAUCUUUGUCACAAAAAAAAGGCUGUGAGGCAGCAAAAGAGCUGCAUAAAAAAAUGGGCCCCAAGGCCACCCCAACUAUGGAUCUCCUUACAUAGAACAGUUGUCAUACAGCAUGUGGAAAGCAAACAUUAUAUGACCUUCAAUCAUUUAAUAUCAGGAAGAAACAUAACUACAAGAACCCCUGCUAUACUCCGUGCUUGUUUUUGGCGUGCUACCUAACUUGUCAGCAGAGUUGUGUCCAUCAGAUUAUUGCUGAAAUCAAUUGCCUUUGUACAUUUACAGAGAUCCCUCAAUAAUCAGUGGAACAAUGGGAUGUAAUACCCAAAAAAUAAUAAAGAGGCAAGUGCUAUUAAAAAUAGUUAUUUAAUGGGGCAUAAUACAGUUAGUCUUCUUGCCCUUUGACUCUAAACUGUGGGGCUUGUAAAGCUACAACCUGCACAGUGCCAGACAAUACCUAUGAUUUUCCAUGUGGUCACCUCUGGUACUGACAGGAAAAAAUACAUGAAAAUUAUUUAAUUCCCUCAAUGUAUGAGGGGUGUUUUUUUUUUUUUUUUGUUUUUUUUUUUUUUUGUUAAAGAAACAUAAAAAGUGGCAAAUUCAGGCAGAUUAUGAUUCUGAACUAAUAAGAGUAAAUGUUUCAUAGCACUUAUAUUGGUUAGGCUUCCACUAGGGGGCCGAAUAUUUUAUUUAUUUAUAAAUAUCAGUUAAAUUGGGUAACUGGGAUGGGCUUCAGCACUAGAAAGGCAGAGCAAAUAGACAGAACACACAGUUCAAGCUGCUGGUUUGCACCAUAGGCAGAAAGAACUAAUCCCAUGCCUUUCAGUUGAAAUGUGCAUGGUGCUGUGAGUAAGUCACUCUCAAAUCACAAAUUCUCAAGUUUAAAUGUAAUUUUGCAUGGCCUACAGAAUUAUGCCUCUUUAUCUCAAAAGGUAAAAAAUAGUAAAGUACAGUUUCCAGUAAUUCUAAUUUGCACGAAAAUAUAACGUCCACAUUACGUGCCUUGCCUUGAAUUAAAAAAAAAAAAAAAAAAAGACAACACAGUGACAUCACAAAACUUGUUUUGCUGCAUUCAUCAUUUUAAAUAUUUACCAUUUUUAUGACAAAAAAAUAUUUUGUACUCCACAGGGAAAAGAUCAACUAUGUGAUAUCCUGGAUUUUUUAAACAGUUAUACCUUCUCACAUUUAUAAAGCAUAUCAUGGCUGUGUAUAAUUGCCGCUUGAAAAUAGUAAUCAACCAGCAAUAUUUUCAGUAUUUUGGUGUUUUUCUAUUAACCUUUCAUGUUUUUCAUCUUCCAAUUAAUGUGGGGAAGGAGGGAGGGCGGGCAGGAAAAGGGGUAAAAAUUUUUACAAAUUAUGCAAUACCACGUUUUGCCUAUGUAGGUAGUGCUUUUAGCAGUAUUUGGUUAUUAUAGGUAAUUUCGCAGAUAAAGAAAAAACAUAAAAAAGAAGAAAAAAAUAAUUUAAUGUAUGCUUUUUUUCUUUUUUUUUUUCUUUUUUUUUUUUUAAUUGACCAAAGUGGGUACUGCUUUUUUUGCAGUGUGAUGAGGUCCUUUUGUGUACUGACAUGGAGAGGGAAUUUUGUUUUAUAUAUAUGCGUAUAAAUAUAUAUAUAAAUCUAUAUUAUGGGUGGGCACUAGGAAAAGUGGAAUUUUGAGUUCUUUAGAAGACUGCUAAACAGCAGAAUGCCCAUGUAUAGUGGCCAUGACUGCAAAGUGACCCAUUUUAUCUACUGUAAUUAAACAUUACAUGCAUUUGAUAUCUCAAAAAGAAGUUAAUUUACCGAAUUAAACUCAACCUAGUAGCAUUAUUAUACAUUGCUCAAAAAAAUAAAGGUAACACUAAGAUAACACAUCCUAGAUCUGAAUGAAUGAACUAAUCAUAUGAAAUACUUUCGUCUUUACAUAGUUGAAUGUGCUGACAACAAAAUCACACAAAAAUUAUCAGUGGAAAUCAAAUUUAUCAACCCAUGGAGGUCUGGAUAUGGAGUCACACUCAAAAUCAAGUUGAAAAUCACACUACAAGCGGAUCCAACUUUGAUGUAAUGCCCUUAAAAGAAGUCAAAAUGAGGCUCAGUAGUGUGUGUGGCCUCCACGUGCCCGUAUGACCUCCCUACAAUGCCUGGGCAUGCUCCUGAUAAGGUGGUGGAUGGUCACCUGAGGGAUGUCCUCCCAGACCUAGACUAAAGCAUCCGCCAACUCCUGGACGAGACAUGAUGUCCCUGAUGUGCUCAAUCGUAUUCAGGUCUGGGGAACGGGCGGGCCAGUCCAUAGCAUCAAUGCCUUCCUCUUACAGGAACUGCUGAUACACUCCACCCACAUAAGGUCUAGCAUUGUCUUACAUUAGGAGGAACCCAGGGCCAACCACACCAGCAUAUGGCUCACAAGGGGUAUGGGGAUCUCAUCUCGGCUGUGCAGCCCCCAAAGAAAUGCCACCCCACACCAUUACUGACCCACUGCCAAACCGGUCAUGUUGGACAAUGUUGCAGACAGCAGAACAUUCUCAAUGGUGUCUCCAGACUCUGUUGCAUGUGCUCAGUGUGAACCUGCUUUAAUCUGUGAAGAGCACAGGGUGCCAGUGGAAAAUUUGCCAAUCUUGAUGAUCUCUGGCAAAUGCUAAAUAUCCUGCAUGGUGUUGGUCUGUAACCACCCUCAUGGAGUCUGUUUCUGACCUUUUGAGUGGACACAUGCACAUUUGUGGCCUGCUGCAGGUCAGUGAUCCUCCUUGCACAAAGGCAGAGGUAGCGGUCCUGCUGCCGGGUUGUUGCCCUCCUACGGCCUCCUCCACAUCUCCUUAUGUACUGGCCUGUCUCCUGGUAGCGCCUCCAUGCUCUGGACACUACACUGACAGGCACAGCAAACCUUCUUGCCACAGCUCACAUUGAUAUGCCAUCCUGGAUGAGCUGCACUACCUGAGCCACUUGUGUGGGUUGUAGACUCCGUCUCAUGCUACCACUAGUGUGAAAGCUCCGCCAGCAUUCAAAAGUGACCAAAACAUCAGUCAGGAAGCAUAGGAUCUGAGAAGUGGUCUGUGGUCACCACCUGCAGAGCCACUCCUUUAUUGGGGGUGUCUUUGCUAAUUGCCACCUGUUGUCUAUUCCAUUUGCACAACAGCAUGUGAAAUGUAAUCAUUGUUGCUUCCUGAGUGGACAGUGUGAUUUCACAGAAGUGUCAUUGACUCAGAGUUACAUUGUGUUGUUUAAGGGUUCCCUUUAUUUUUUUUUAGCAGUGUAUAAUCUUGAAAUACUGGAAUAUGUCAUUAGACUUGAGAUAUUUCACUGUAGCUUCAAGUGGCAUGGACCACAGGGUUUCACAAUAAAUACAGAAAACACACAAAUACAUAAUAUGGCAUUGCACUUUAUGUGCAGUUAUUUCUACUUAUUGUUUUCCAUUGACUACAAAGCCUUAAUACUUAUAAGGAGUGCUAGUACAUGUAUAAAUCAGGCUACAUAUUAAUACGGUAACAAGUUUUUAGAAGUGUACCUUCCUCCUAUGACCACUAGAGCGAUGUGAUGCUGCAUUUCCGCCUAUGGUAGCUCCGUUUAUUUAUUGUUGACGAUAUCACCAAACUAAAGUAACCUUUAUGAAGCAUUACUCUGCACAGUUCUUUCCUCCCAUUAUUAUGUCAAGUAUAUCCCGAUUAUCCCUUUCUGAAGGAUUCAUCAGGGUUCCUUAAGCAGUGACCCGGCACAGACAGCAGUUAAUUUUAAUGAUGGCAGUCAUUGAUCACUUUACAAGGCAAAGGACAACUGCCCAGUGAAUGUUCUCUAUUUAAUAUGAUUUUACUCACCACCCAGUGUGAAUGCACUCAUCAGUUAAGUACUCAUAAGUGAAACAUGGCAGCAGAAUUGUGGAACCCUGGUGACCACAUCCUCAUACAAUUACAUUUAUUAUUGUUCUCACUGCCAAUCACCUAAUGAAUAGAUAUGACGGGGAUUAUGUGGCAACUCCAUUUGAUUCACCCACUCAGGCAGAUCACUAAAAUGCUCAAUAGCACAGCAGGAAAACCAAUGCAAACAUGAACUUGUGCAAACCACUACAAUGAUAAUUAUCCUUAUAUCAACAUGCUUAUUAAUCUUUCUUUAUUAGGGCUAGUUGUCAAGGACAAUCAAUACUACAAGGGAAAAAGGCUGUAUUUGUAUAUUUGCACUUUUACCGAACUUAAAGGGUGUCUUAGGUAUAAUUAUUCUCUUCUAAUGAGGCCCAGAAACUCGCAGACAAUGUCUGCGGAGUAGAUUCUUUUACAAACACAAAUGAUAUUACAGCUCUCUUGUUGGAUUCUGUUACUGCUCUUUUUAGUAGUGUUUCUCAACACGUGUUUUUAUUUCAUUUGUCUCAAAUCCCUUUCAAUUGCAUCUGCAAACUUUACUAGGUUUUGACACUUUUGUUCUAUUGUUAAGCUCUAAGAGAUGAAAAUUAUUUGUUAUGAUGCCAUUUAGAUGUCUCUUAAGGUAUAUUAUAUAAUGCCUGUUGAGAAAUCCUGCUCUAUACAUUUAUUUAAAAAAAAAAAGUUUUUUCACUUUGGUCUGUAAAUUAAAAAAACAAAACAAAAACAGCUCUAAAAAGUCGGACAGCGGUCCUUCCUUCCCCAUUGCUAAGUUUCACCAUUGCCACACAUUUAAUCAUCCUUUGUGCACUGUUCUGUUUCUUAUUUAAUUGCUUUGCAGUCUUGGCCUCUUGGUGUUGCCCCUGAAGUGUGUUUCCCCUAGAGUGACAUGAACAUUUUAAGGCUUAGUUUCAGAAAGGGAAUAAAAACAGUGAAGGAAACUGUACAUAUACAUGGCAAAAAAGGAAAUCCUAAAUUAUAGCAAUAUAGUUAUGGGGUAAUAUUCAGAUGGGCAGCUUGAAAAUAAAAAAAUAUGUGAAUGAAUCUGUGAAGCUGUAAGUAGCGAGAAGUGAGGGUCUUUGUAAUGAGCCUUGCCGACAGUUAUUUGUACACUGUAUAGUUUUGUUAUGAUUUUUGUUGAAUUACACGUGCCCUCAUUUGUAAAGCUACCUUUUUAGCAUUUGCAAUGGGAAUAUAUUAUGUUUCCAUUUUUUAAAGUAAACAAGAAUAUUGCUUGUAUAGGAACUGGACUUGGGUUAAAACUCUCCGGAUCCUUAAUUUAUGUAUUUGAAAAAUAAUUAAAAAAAUAAAAGUUUUAAAGUGCUGUCCAUGUUAGGGUUUGUUUCAGAGUUACCUAUACUUAAAAAGUGUAGGUUGCUUAUCAUUUAAGAAAAAUGUAAAUGGAGAAAAGUUAUAUUUUAUGAAGGUUAUUUUGUUGUAUUUAGUAUUUGAAAAGUUGGUUUUUGAAGCAUUUCAGAAUGUUGGAAGCAUCACUGUUUUAGUACAUAUGUGACUGUUCUCUAGCAAAAUGCAUUAUGUGAUUGUGAAUACAUGUUGGUAUUUAAGAACUGAGUGCACCUAGCACUCCUAAAAAAAAGCCUAGAAUUUAGAGCAGUACCUUAUAAGUCACACAUGACCAUGUCCUCAGGGAGCAUAAAUUUUGGAUUUGCAACUUGUAGCUUCACAAGGACUUAAUGGAAAAAGAUUGCAUAGGAUGUAUUCAUCAGUUAUACUAUCCACUUUUCUUUACUUUGUAUGAAACCAUGGUUGGUGAAGACAAAAGCCAGAUGGGACACCCUAUUAUGUUGAUGGAUAAGGGAUGAGAUAUAUGGCUUUCCACAUUUAACAAACCAGGAGUAACUUGCAUACAUUUAAAGUGUUUUCUAAGAUUAAAAAGACUGUAGGAAUGAUCCUGUGUGCUAUGUACAGUAUUUUUGGUUUAUGAAAGCUCAAUGAUGUUGGGAGUUAGGCCCCAAGCAUAGUUUACAUGUUCCUGUCAAGGUCUUUUGUUAACAUUAACCAGCUGCAUGAUUCGUGGACAUUCAUUCUUAGUUUUUUGUUUUUUUUUCAUAGAAAGUUAUUUAAACAUGCAGACUAAGCAAUUUCAACAGGUUUGGUUGACCACAUUAAUACUCCAUUUGAAUUGAAGGAUCUUCAAGCUUUGUCCUUCAGAAUUGCACUUUCUGCUAGUUUCCCUUUAUUUUUUCUAUUCCACAACCUCAUUGUGUAGGAAUGUGUGAGCAGUUUAGUUGGAACGUAAAUGAACAACUGUCUUUGCCCCUACACCCUUCACAAAGACCCUUGCAUGAAAUAAAUUGCCAUGACAAUUAUUUGUAUUGUUUCCUGCCACAACUCUGUCAGUCACAUUUUUGAUGCUUAAAGGGGGGGAGGGGUCAAAAGAACUAGCUGGAGACGGUCAAUUUUUACAUAUUUUGUUGCAAUUGAUUUCCUUCAAUGGUUGUAAGUAGUUUUUUUCUAUGAUAUAAAGGGUUCAAUAGUUAUUACUCUAGAAAUAUCUGUGUGUUGCAGUUCAAAUGUAUGUCGAAUUUGUGAAAUAUUGAGGUUCAGCGCUACUUGCUGGCCAUGCUUUCAGGGUUGUCAUCCUGUUAAACGGCUGAUACCUUUAAAGCAGAGUCAUCUGGUUAUGCUGAAGCUUGUGUUUGUAGUACUUUAAUUUUGACAGAAUGGUUUUGAAACUGUGCUACGGGGACUGAUGUGGCAAAUGUAUCCCUUUAUGCGGAAGGAUGUUUUCGUGUUUUUUUUUUGUUUAGUUUUUUUGUUUUUAUAAAGAAGUAUGGCUUAUUAUGCAUUUUUCAUUGAGGGCAUUGAAGUUGCACGGACUGAUAAAAUGUUGAUGCAAAACGAGAAAGAAAAAAACCAGCAAAAUGUUUACCAAAAACUCAAAAUAAGUUAGCAGUGCCUGUUCAAUUUCACAGUCUCACUGUUGAGUUUAGUUGUAAAUAUGUUUCAGAAUCUCUUCUUCACAGAUAAAUAAUAAUAAUUAAAAAAAUACACCAUGUAGAAUGUGAGGGGGUAACUCAGUCCCAGGCCUGGGCUUCUGAAAAAAACUGACAUCUGAUGAGAUGUUCUUUAUGGAACUGUUUCUUUGUGCUUGUCUUAUAGGACUUCUUAGAAGCCUGGGAAAAGGUUACCCCCAUAUCGAUAUUUCUCUGAGAACAACCUUUUGUAGGACUGUGUGUUUCUUUAGAUACAUUUAGUACAACUGUAGGUGACUAGUAGUCAGUUUAUUGCUUGCUAGCUACACACCAGGGUUGAUCCAUUUUAAAACUUUUGGCACAUCUUCUACCAUUUUACUCCUCUUCAUAGAACAUGUAUGCAUGUUUUCCAAAUUGUAUUACAUUUUCCAAUUAUUGGUAUAGUCAUGAUGUAUUUGUCUUUAUCAUUGGUACUCAACUUUUGUUCCCGUUUAACCACCAAUCUUACAUUAUCUACUAGAUCAUACUUUGAAUUGUCUCCAGGGUUGUGUAGUUUUCUACCACCAUUGCAGAUAUUUGGGAUAGAUUUACUGAUGUGUAAGCAGACUGUAGUUUAUGUACUGAAUACAGCAUGGAAAUCUGUGAAAUGCCUAGGCAUUACAUUUUUAUGUUCAUUACUUUAAAUAGAGGCACAUUUGAAAAACAGAAGCUGAUAUACUUCCCGUAAAAAUCAAGAGUGCUUUGCAUGAUUUCUGUAGAGUCCAUUAUUAUGAUUUCCCUCUGUUCACAGACACAUAUUUCUGCAGAGCUCAAUGUUUUAGAUUCUUAACUGCUAAAUUCAUACUACUACAUUCAGUUUCAACCCAUAGUUAUUAGUAAAUCUAUCCCAUGUUUUGUUGGCUUCUAGCGUGACCAGAAUGUUAGUACUGAACUGAGAAUGACAGUUUGACAAAUGUGUGUUUCCAACAAAGGUUGAGUAUCUCUGGGUUAGAUGUACUGAACUUUCAGGUCUCUAGGACAAGGCCGAGCCUGCAAACAAUAUAAGUUUAACAUGUCAUGAGUUUGAAUAAUUAAGCUUUUUUUUUCUGGUGGUAAUUUCAUUGCAAGCAACAAAUGAGCUCCAAUUUGCCAUAAGUUUUAAACUGGUGUAAAUCAAGCUUGACUUAAUGUGAUUGUUACUGUUAUAUCCAGCCUAUACUGCUAGCAGCUGCUCAUACUGCAGUCAAUUACUGGAAGCGGAUAUAUUUCCUAUGCAAAAAACUGUUUAAACAAUAAAAUGAGCUAUGCUACA